AUGGGUGCCCUGGAGCUCCCGCCAGGGGUUACUACAGCCCUGGACAGGCUUCGUCGUGCUUUCCUCUGGGCUGCCACGGACCGUGUCACCGGCGCCAAGUGUCUCGUGGCCUGGGAAUGGGUGUGCCGCUCGAAGGAGGAAGGUGGGCUUGGCGUCCGCUCCUUGCCUGUCCAGAAUGCCUGCCUGCUCACCAAGCUGCUCCACCGUCUCCACUGCGCUACGGAUGAAUCCUGGCCCCGUUGGGUCUGGCGCAGCCUUGAUGGGCUGCCGCUUGAUGAUGCUGCCCGCUCCACGCCGCUCUCCGGCAUGCACUGGGCGUCCCUGCUUCGCUUGCUCCCCCUGUACCGCGCCAUCUCUCGCGUGGCUGUCAGGGAUGGUAAACGGACCUCGUUCUGGUGCGACCACUGGCUCCCGCUGGGCACCCUCGAGUCUGCCAUGCCAGAGCUGUUCUCCCACUGUUCGUCCCCGUCCGCGACAGUUCGGCACGUCCUGGAUGCGGGGCUGGACUCGACUCUGGUGGCGCGUCUCUCGGCGAAGGCUGCCAGACAGCGUGAGACGCUCCUCCCCAUCCUGUCGCGCGUGAGGCUUACUGAUGGAGCCGACUCGCGCUCUCUCCCGCUCUGCGCCCGCGGAGAGCGUCUGAGCACCUCCUCGCUCUAUCGGCUCUGCACCAACGGCGGCGUCCGCGACGUCCACCACCCCUUCGUCUGGUGCAACUCCGCCCCGGCGCGGGUCCGUUUCUUCGCUUGGCUGCUGGUCAGAGGGCGAAUCCAGUGCCGUUCAAAUCUGCUGCGCAAAGGCAUCCUUGACGAGCGCGGCAGCCACUGCCCCAUCUGUGAUGGCCCCCUGGAGACACCUGACCACAUCAUGUUUGGGUGCGAGUUCGCCUGCCGUUUUUGGGCUCUGCUGGGCGCCGAUGCUGCCGCUACUCACAAGGUGACGGAGGCGUCAACCUGCCCCCUCCCUCCCUCUGCUCCGGCGGGGUCUGCAACGACGCUGCGGAUGCUAUGCCUCUGGCACCUCUGGAAGCAUCGCAACGGAGUUGUUUUCAACGGGCUCGCUCCCUCUCUUUCCCUGGUGCGUAAGAACUGCAGAGACGAUGCCGUGCUCUGGCGUGCUCAUCUUCCCAUGGAGCAGCGAGCCGACGUUGACCUCUGGCUCACCUACCUACUCCCUGUUCGGCUCUAG